AUGCAGGAUGGCGUCUGCGGGUUGUGUGGAGGAAUGAAGCGGCUGACCGCUGCCUGUUUCCCCGGUGAACCCGCGCUGUCAGCGGCCUUAGUGUUUCAGCAGAGCGGAGCUGCCGGAGUAGUGUGCUGUUGCCCCCAGGCAGCCUGGCUGUUGGACUAUGCUGUGUUUGUCCUCUGGGUGGCGCCUCCUGAGCCGAGCUCGCCGCUUCCCCCGCCCAGCCGCCGCUCAGCCAGUCGCCAUAGGCGCCCCAUCACCUUCCCCAUCACCCACACCCAGCACAGCCUCCCCCGAGCUUCCCGCUGUACCAGGGGCGCCCUGACGCUCACAGAGGGGCGCACUUCCACCCCCACUACCACCCCCACCCCCACCCACAGCCCGCCCACCUGGCCCCUCCCCCUCUGCCCUCUCACUACCAGCACCACGCACACUACCACUCGUACGGAGGAGGGGCUCAGGCCGCCCGCCGGCAGCAGGAAGAAGACGUGGAACUUCAUCCACGAGAAGAUGAGCUACGACACGUUCUUCACCAUGAAGCGCCUCAUCGAGCGCUCGCGGCGCCCCGACGAGGUCCUGCGCUGGGUCACGCAGAACCCCGCCAAGAUCUCCCACAACCACUACCCGGUGGCCCUGCAGAAGAUCGGACAGCUGCCAGGCCGCGCCGGCGCCAGCGCCAACGCCGGGGCCGGAGCGCGCGAGCACGCGCCGGCGGGGGGGGACACCGACGCCGAGGCUGCCAGAGGGGGGGCCGCGGCGGAGGGAGCGGACGGACGCCAGGUCCUGGAGCAUCAGGACUUCCAGACGCUCUGCAACGCCAUCGUCAACGACUGCGCCAAGUUCGACAACUUCAGCAUCGUCAACUGUCUGUACGCCGUGGCGGCGCUCGGUCUCCCCAGUGACUCGGCUGUGGUGCAGGUCCUGGAGGCGGAGUCCCAGUCCAGACUGAACCAGUUCAACCAGAAGGACGUGUCCAUGGUGUUCAGCUCCAGCAUGAAGCUGCACCCGGGCAGCCAGCACGCGCUGACCGAGGCCUGCCUGGCCGGCCUGGAGAAGAACCUGGAGAGAGAGCGCCACCCGCAGACGCUCUUCCUGCUGCUGUCCUACUACAGACUCAAGCUGCGCUCGCUGCAGACACACCAAGCCGCUACCGGCGCCGCUACAGGCGCCGCUACAGCCGCUACCACCGCCGAGGACAACAGCAGCACGCCUCCAAACCCUGAACAGCUGCUCGCCAACAGGAAGAUCUUGCGUCUGGUGAAACACACUCUGGCGAGCGUGAGCGGCGUGCGUGACCAGGAGAUGGCGCUGUUGGAUGAGAUGUUAGCGGCGUGCGUUCGGGAGGCGAGCAACAAGAGUCUGGAGCUGAUCUUCAGCUCUCACCUGUUCUACCAGAACAGGCAGGAGAGGUUCAUCAGCAGCCUGGCAGAGGAGCUGCCGAAGAAGGUGGACAGCAUCACUCCGUACACGAUGGCUCUGAUCGCCAAGUACAUCGCUCGCCAUCGGCUGAGAGAGACUCGCCUGCUGGACACCGUAGCAGACUUCCUGGUGAAGAAGGCCGAGUACCUGGACAGCAAGGUGAGGGCCUGGCCUGGCCUGGCCUGGCCUGGCCUGGUCUCUGUAGAAAGAGACAGGACUGUUUGCUUUUACAUUUACAUUACUGGGGAAGUGGUGGCCUGUCUCUUCAGUUAUAAAGGUCUGGUGGCCGAGGCUCUGCGUCAGCUGGUUGGAGAACACAACUACAAACAGGACGAAGUUCUGGCCCCGGGAUACUACACAGACUUUGUGUUGCUGAUGGACAGCUCUGGGCGUGUCCUGCCCGUCAGGGCGGCAGGCGCCCCCCCCCCUCUCAGCAUCGUUCCUCUGUCCUGCGUCGCCGUGGCGUCCAACAAGCCAGCUGACGCCGCCGUUGCCGUGGUGACUUCAGAGUUCCAGAAGUUUUCUCCGUUCGCGGCGCUGGAGGAGGGCUCAGAGCCAUCGGGGGGUCAGGUGGGCGUUGCCAUGGAGCCGCCGCGGUCCUUCCUGCCCCACGGCGUACGCAGCAGCCUGCCGCGGCACGGCGCUAACGGCGGCGCUAACGGCGGCCCGUACGGCGCCUACUACCCCCCCGCGGCGGAGUUCUGCUCCGGUCUGGCCAAGGAGCACUCUGUGGAGAGCCAGGACAGCUCCACGCUAAGCAGCCCCCCCUCUGACGGCCUGCAGGGGCCCCCGGGGCCCAACGCCACCGCUGCCCCGGACGCCAUCUUCCAGUUCUCCAUCAGGAAGAUCCUAGAGGACGAGGGGGGGGCGCCGCCUGGGGGCGCGGGGGUGGACUGCGAGCUCCCGCCAGGUUUCUACGAAGGUAUGACGUAUUCUGAGGGGCCCGGGGCCAACCGAGGGGCCCCAUCGCCACAGCUGCACCCCCCCGACAGAGCAGACGCCGCCGACAACCCCCCAACAGAGCCGAGAGCCGGUAUCAGGAGGCUCAUCAUGUCCGUCAAUGAUAAGUGGCAUUACUGCCACAACUCUGAGGUUCUGGUCGGCUCUCGGGCCAUGAGGGACCGCCACCUGAGGCUGCUGGGAUACAUCAUCCUGCAGCUGCCGUACCACGAGCUGGAGAAGCUGAACGGCAUCGAGGAGGUGAAGCAGUACCUGCACAAGAAGCUGCUGGACGUCCCGCUAUGACGCUCUCUGUGUGUGUGUGUCUGUCUGUGUGUGUGUGUCUGUCUGUGUGUGUGUGUGUGUGUGUGUGUGUGUGUGUGUGUGUGUGUGUGUGUGUGUGUGUGUGAGAGAGAGUCAGAGGCGACACCCAUUACCGUUUUGAAACAGAUUUCAGCUGCAACCAACGAUUAUUUUAUCCAAUAAUCUGCUCUAAAUUAGGUCCCUUUUUUAAUCAGUGAGUCUUUAAGGCUCUCAUCGUCUGCUCAGCUGACAGGAAACUGAACUGUUGGUCGGACAAAAAAUAAGACUUCAUUAACAUUUUAUAAACCAGUGAACGGAUAAAUAAAUUAGUCGUUGCAGCUGCUCAUUAAUGUGCAGGUGGACUCAGACUCCCAUGAGGCUUUGCAGCUUUUUAAAGGACCAUCGCGCUGCUUUCUGACCAUUUUCCAAAACCAUCAGCCACCAACCAAACUCUGUUUAUUUUUCAGUGUAUUUAAAGAAAAGAAGUUAUAUUUAUCCAUCUGAUUUUUCCGUUUCAUGUUGAUUUCUCUGUUCUUAAUGUCUGAUGCCAGGUGUGUCAUUCUGCUGGAAAUAUGACUUUUAAAAAAAUUCAAAUCUAGUUUUGUUUUUGCCCCAAAACAGUAACAUUUUGUCUGAAGAUACAUCGUUAUCAUCCUUGUUCAACAUGUGUGUAAUUGUUGUUGUUCAGGAACUUUAAAUCAGAAGCUCUGUUGUCCAAAACUCAAACUAUUAGUUAAUAUAGGUGUUGCGCCAUGUUAAAGGCUAAUUUGGAUACAUUUCAACAAUGCAUUGGUGUCCAAGUGACAGCCAGUAUUUAUGGAGACCGUUGAACCAGACUCCAUGUAAAUAAUCAGGACUUUUAGUGUGUAUAGAGCCAGCAUAUCUCCACCAGACU